AUAUCUCUUUCCCGUUCUGUUAUUGGUUGGUGCGGUUGCUGGGUUUUGGCUGUAAGAACUUCUGCCAUUGGUUGUUGUGAUCACGUGGUGGCAGAUGGCCGCAGCCUGUUGGUUGGUGAACUGCUCAGGCGCGAUUUUGCAACGCGGGACGAAGCUUGUGUGUGGACUGGGCACAGGUAGUUCAAACGAGCCGCUGCGCCUGGAAGUAAACUAACUCUGCGUGGUUUUUCUCAUCUCCGUGACGUCUGCGGAUCACUUUGAAGCGAGGAGCGGAUAUUCCUUUUGUUCCUCGCUGGAAAUGAAGGACAUAUUUACCCCGGACUAAAAGGGCGCGCGCUUUUUUUAAAUGUAGUUUUUUUUCUCUCUCCGUGUUUUGUAAGUCUGCUAACUUACUGUACAGCUUUUGCGACCAAAAGAGGAAAAAAACCGCCUUGUAUUUCCUUCCAASCACAAUGACCGACAAGCAGCACCCGCAGGUGAUUUUCUGCAACGACUCACCCAAAAGAGUGCUGGUGUCCGUCAUCAAGACGACCCCGAUCAAGCCCAGCAAAGCGGAGCCCCUCAUGCCGACCAGCCCCGGUUUCAGCGACUUCAUGGUCUACCCGUGGAAAUGGGGGGAGAACGCCCACAACGUGAGCCUGAGCCCGGGCUCGGCGAGCGGGGCUGCGUCCCCCACCAGGACCCAGACGGCCGCUGAGGCGGACACGGCUUCGUCGCCUGACCAGAAGGAUGGGAUCCGCAGAGGCAGGCCACGAGCAGACACGGUCCGGGAACUGAUAAAUGAGGGCGAGACUUCAUCCAGCCGCAUACGGUGCAACAUCUGCAACCGAGUGUUCCCCAGAGAGAAGUCGCUGCAGGCCCAUAAGAGGACGCACACAGGAGAGAGACCCUAUCUGUGCGACUACCCGAACUGUGGGAAGGCGUUYGUCCAGAGCGGUCAGCUGAAGACCCACCAGCGCCUGCACACGGGGGAAAAACCCUUCGUCUGCUCAGAGAAAGGAUGUGGCAGUCGGUUCACACAUGCCAACCGUCACUGCCCCAAGCACCCUUUCUCUCGUCUGAAACGGGAAGAGCCGAAGGCGAGCCAGGGCAAGGCUCAGUCCGUGGACAACAAGGCUGUGGCAGAGUGGCUGGCGAAGUACUGGCAAACCCGCAAGCAGCGCGUCCCCACACCCAUCAAGGUGAUGUCGCAGGUCAAGGCGAGGGCCGAGGACCAGGAGCAGCAGGACCCCAUGGAGUUCCUCCAGUCCGAGGACGAGGAGGAGGUCAUGGAGGAGGAGAAGAGCAGCCUGGGGGCCAAGCGGCGCCUUCAGGAGCAGCGRGAGCGUCUCCACGGCGCUCUGGCUCUGAUCGAGCUGGCUAACAACCUGUCAGCCUGAACCCCCCACCUCCACCUCGAACUUCCCGUCCUUCAUCUCUAAAUCCGCCUUCCUGCCGUACCUGAAAGUUCUUCCUAAACGCAGAUCAGUGACUAGUUUUAGUUUACUCUGUAAAGUUGUGAAACAAGACUUGGAGAAAACAAGCUGAAUUGGCCUGAGACCAGUGUUAUCACGCACAGAAUCAUGCGUUGCCCCCUCCACAGCACCAGGAAAGGCACAAGCUAAAGCACCUUACUCAGCUUCCAUUUUAUCCCUUUCAGCUGCUAUUUUUUUGUAGGUUUGACAACAUGAAGAAUGUCUGGCUUUCCUCUUGUCUUUUGAAGGCAAAGAAAGAAUACCAAUUUUUUUAUUGUUUUUGUUUGCACUUUGGUAACGAGUUGGUUCCUCUUUUUGUUUUAAAGUAUGUUAAUAAGAGAGUGUGUAUAAGUGAUGUAUAUAUUAUGGAUUAAGCUCGGAUGGACAGAAUGAUACAGGGUGUGGUCAGAGGUAGGAAAUGCUUUCAGGGGGCUUCUCGUCGUGCGCCCAGGUUUCAUCUCUGCCGUUUUCAGGGCCGUUUUCCUCGCCGCUCAGGACAGCGGCGUUCGUAGAAACGAGUUCGGGAAGCGGAGUUGGUUUUCGCCUCACUGUUACACCUCGGCUUGGUGAGUCGGGGGUAAGAAGCAAUCAUUGCAAGCCUAAUCUAGGUGUUUGAUCAUGACGAAGUUCUUUGGAAAUGCUACAACUUUGACUUUUUUUUUUUAAAGGCCCCCGUCAUUCAUUUAUUUAUAUUCUGUGUUCUGGAUUCACUCAUAGUCACGUUCAUAGCCAGUUUUUUUUUCUCCUAUUCACGUUAGACUCGGUGCAGACGAUGUUCUAAAAUGAGUGUCGGCCAUCUUUUAUAUUAAAAGGCGACAGAUCUGAU